AUGUCCCUCAUCAACAAAUUUGCCAACUUCCCGCUUCCAUCCUCCACCAGGGCUCGGGAAGAUGACGUGGAAACGCUGACGGUCAAUAGCCAUUCCCAGAAACAGGAGCAGCAUCCGCUGGAUGUAUUGUUUGAUCAGGAGGUCUCGUCUCUGCGGCCGGAGUUACAGGAUAAAGUGGCGAAUUGGAAGGAUGCUAUACAACCUCAUACUGAUGAGGGUGGAGAUGCUUAUCAUAUCGGGGACGCUUAUGAAAAUAUUGAUCCUGACUGUGCGGAUGAGUGGCGUUUAGCAAAUCCUGGUCCCUAUCUACAAUAUGUCAAGCGUCUCGCCAUGGGAAUCCCAAGUCUGGACUAUCUUGCCAAUUGGAUGCAAGUCACGACCAGUCCGCCCAAAUGGAAAUUUGYCCGCAAGUAUCCCGCCAGUCGAGCAGAGCGUGCUCAACGGGUGCGAGCCUGUGUGGUCGACUAUGGCGCCGACCAAAGACUGCGGAGAGAGCACUGUGAUUCCCCGGAAACCCUGCGAAAUGCUCUUCGAGACGACGGGUUUGGACAUGGUAGUAGAAUGUGCCACCUUCGUGUCAUCGUCGUCGAAGAUCUUUCCCGCGAUCUCAUUGAAUUGCUCGGUGGAUAUUACGACGUCGACCCUCGCUUCUUCCGAGAAUUCCUCCAUGAUUUCCUCUUCUACAACACGCGGGACCGAUGGGUAGAAAUUCCCUCCCUAUUACUCGAAGAUCAAACGAAAUCCUAUUCCAUCUCCAGUUUUCUCCGCGCAAGAUUCUACAUGGACGAGCACGACUUCUCCGAAGCAGAACGACAAAGCGGCAUGUUCAACGUCCUCCGCAGACUCGACUCGGACCGCAAUCGCGUCAAAUUAAGCAGUGGAGCACCCAAGAGAUCCGGCAGUAGUGCAGCUCUCUGUCGUUCCAAAGUCGCCAUCUGGACCAGACCCGCAUCCGCCCAUCGUCCCGCAAUCGCCAUCCUCUUGACAGAUCCCACCACUCUAGCCGGUAAACCUUUAUGGGGAGGUUUCGAAACCGCCCCGGAUUUCCUCUCGAUGAAUUCCCCCGGUACAGGCGGCAUAACACAUUCCACCUCCUCCAACUCCACCCUCUUCGAACAAGUCGUCCACGCAAUCUCCACUUUGGACUCCCGAGCUCUCGCACAAAUCGCUCGAGACAUUCGAUGUGUGGGGACACCCAUGUACAGAAUUGUACUCAAAGAAUGGCUGAUUGUAAUCCAAUUCAUGAACACCAAAGCCGGGCUCGUACGCUGGGAUAUUGAAAAACCUCAUUUCGGCGCCGAUCCCUCGGAAUUAGAUGGUCUGUAUAAAAAAAUCGCUCCCUGGCAGCGUAACAUCGAACUCUACGAAAACAUGGUCAUAGACGCCAUGCAACACUUCCUCCCCCGAGAAGCAGGCAACUCCUCCUCCUCCUCCUCCCUCUCCCACCGAAGUCGCGGCGGCGGCGGCGUUAGCGGCGYCAGCAGUUCCGGAGGAGGCGGAGGAUCAGGAACCAACGACCUCCUCCGCGAACACCUCCGCCCCGAUUUCCUCCGCGUAGCAGCCCGCCUCCAACGCGCCCGAGUCCGAAUCGACAAGACCGUCGACGCAGCCGUCUCCGUCAUCGCUCUCGAACAAAGCCGCCGAGAAAUCGAAGCUGGAAGAAGACAAUUACAAGCCAUGCAACAUUCUCGCGGUCUUACUUUCUUGUCGAUUCUUGCGACGAUUUUUUUACCGCUGAAUUUCGCUACGAGUUUUUUUAGUAUGAGUGCGGAUUUCUCGACGGAGAGUGAUACUUUUGGGUUGUUUUUUGCGUUGGGGAUUCCUUUGACGGUUUUUGUGGGGGGGUUGGUGGUUGUGCUGCAGCCUGGGGUUAGGUAUUGGGUUAGAAGGAGGUGGAUGGGGGAGUCUGAGGGAGGAGGAGGGAAGAAUGGGGGGAAGAGGGAGGCGGAUAUGUGGACUGUGGCUGGGUCGGGGUCGAGAUAG